AUGAUGGUGAGGAUAUGUAUCCGGGUAAUUAGGGAGGUUGGUCUCCAGGAGAUGAACAAGGCGGUGAAUGUGAUGCGGGCUGAGAUGGCGCCGGAGUUGCCAUCUUUGUUGCAAGUCCGUGAUGUGCGAGUUGGUGAUUGCUGCGUUGGUCAGUCUCAGAAUACUAUGGAAGAAAAGGGCCAGGAAGACUCAGUCUCAGCACUUUGUGAAGCUACCAUGUGA